GGUUGUGCUGCUUAAUCCAGAAUGCUGGGUUUGAUACAAGUCGGAUUUAGUCAUAACUAUGAUACCAACAUCUGUCGGGAGAACGUCCCGAGCUCCCAAAGUCAGAACAGAAGCGAAGCGGAAUGUUUAUUUCUUUUUUGUUUUUUUGUUCAUGUCUCUAUGUAGGUAAAGAUCCAAAAGAAGCGUGACUGAUAGACCCUGAGGUCACAGCCGGUGAGUUUGAACCAUGGGCAAGGCCGGGAGUAAAGUCCUCAGGGAGGCCGCUGUGGACGGGCUACAGGCGCAGUCAACUCCUCCCGCUGCUGCUGCCGCCGCCGUCGUUCCUCCGGCUCCUGCUCCUCCUCCUCCUGCUGCCACCGUCCAUUUCCAAGGAGUCACAAAAACCAAGAAGAUGAAGGUGAAAUGGACUCAAGUGGGUUUGGUGUUCUUUCUCGUGCUGUCCAUGGUGAUGACGGGAUGCUUCUUCUGGCAGUAUCAGCUUCCAAAGAUGCAGCCAGAUGAAGGGCUGGCUGGCGACGCCAAAUCCGAGAUGAGGUGUCCUCGAUUCCCAGAGCCUGUUCCGCUGCAACAUCCCAUUCCUGGUCUGAAAGAGGCCCUGGAAAAGGUGGACAUUUUGCUCCGCCAGAGCCUCAAUCCAAUCAGCCUCCCAGCUCUCUCCGCCAUCGUCAUCCUGAACGACACAGUUUUAUGGACGGGCAAUUUUGGCAAGAGGAACAGCUCGGAUGCAUUCUCAGGACCCCCCAAUGAGUACACCAUCUACAGAAUCGCCAGCCUGUCCAAAAUCUUCCCCACGCUGAUGCUGUACCGGCUGUGGGAGGAUGGCAAGAUCGGCUCGCUGGACGACCCGCUGGAGAAGUACGUGGACAACUUCACUAUCAAGAAUCCCAUGGGGAGGACGCGGGAAUCGGAGCUCAAAUACGUGACGGACGGUCUGAUCUUUCUGGACAGCGGCGAGGUGCCCGUACGCUCUUCCUCAGUGACAUUGCGCAGGAUGGCCAGCCAGCUCUCUGGCCUGCCCAGGAGACUCAGGGCAACAAACCUUCUCUGGAAAGGAAAGACUCAGUCGGCAAUCAACCUUCUGCAGGACGAUGUCCUGGUCGCCGACCCGGGAACCAAAUGUCACUACAGCAACCUCGCCUUCUCGCUGCUGGCACACGUGAUGUCAGAGCGCGUGGUCAACGUGGACUACCAGCGUUGGGUCUCGGAAAACAUCCUGGACCGUCUUGGCAUGGAGGACACCGGCUUCGACAUCACGCCUGGCCUCCAGGGCCAGGUGGCCGUGGGCGUGUACUCCAACGGGAAGCCCGCCCCGCUGUACGACCUGGGCUGGUAUCGCCCGUCGGGUCAGAUGUUUUCCACAGCGGCGGACCUGGCCAAGCUGGCCAUGAUGCUGCUGGGCGCUUAUCACCGCAAGCUUCUGGAUCCCGACUCCUUGAAGAUCAUGCUCACGCCCCUGUUCAGAUGUGACAAGGACUACUUCGCCAACCGCACCGGGACGCCGUGGGAGGUGAACGAGCUGCUGGGCUACGAGAUGGUGCGCAAAGAUGGCGACCUAGACGGCUACUCGGCUACCUUCUCCCUGGUGCCGCGACUCAAGCUCGGCCUGGUGGUGCUCAUGGCCGGAGGUCGGUCCCAGAAGCAGGACGUAGUGGCCAAAGCCUACCGCCACAUCGUCCCUGCUGUAGAAAAGGCCUUCAGGGAGGCCAAUAGAGUGCUCUCUGCGCCCCCGAACCCGGAAGCCUACGCGGGCUUCUUCACCUACAGCAACAUGACCUUCUACGAAAUCAAAGCCGGCUCGGACGGCGUUCUCACCAUGCAGCAGUUCGGCCCUCAAAUUGAAGAGCUGAUUCCGCAAAAGUACCGGACCAUAAAGCUCAACUACCUGGUGGAGCGCGUCUUCAGGGUGGUCUUCGAAAGGGAGUACCCCUGCGUCCUCAGGGUGGGCUCGGCCUCCGUGUCCCUGGAGGCGCAGGACGGACAACUGUUCAACUUCUACGCGUACGACAAGCGCGGCUUGUCCCCUGGGUUCGACGCGCCGGGGCUGAACACGUACAAUGUGGUCAGGAUAUCGCGCAAGCCGUCCUUCUCCAGCUGAGUCGCGGCUAUCUAAAAGGGAGUUGUUAGCAUUCUGGCCUGGUUGACAGGGAUUGGUACAUAAUGAAGGCAAUUAUGUGGAGGAGGGCAUGAUGUUGUGAAAGUGAGUCAUUUUCUCCGCUACUCACACUGGUACCAUAGAUAAUUUUGUCUCCUGCUUGCACAAGCCGUUUAUAAUGUUCUUCACGCUUUUCAUCCGCUCUCCAUUCAACCUUUUGUGUCUUUGUCUCUUUUUUUUUUUUAUGUAUUAUUAUUAUUAUUAUUUUUAACCACUGCAGAAUACAUGUUUUACAGUGAACCCUCGCCCUUUGUAGGAGUUCAGGACCAAAUAGCGAAAAUCUGCGAGUAAUUGAUGCCUUUCUCCAAAAAUUGUUUAGAAUUGCCCAUUGAUAGUUUAAACACUAAAUAUACCCUAAACUACAAUCAGAAAUCUUAAAACAUUAUCCUUAAACAAUAAAUGGCUUGCAGAGGAUUUGAAUUUGGGAAAAUGCACUGGAAGGUCGCAACCUGUAAAAAUACCAAUUACUACUUUCCUAUUAGCCACUUUAUAAAGUGCUUGACUCAAUGAUACAUAGGCAGUCUCAUUUUUAUUUAAAUACAGACAGAGUAGUGCAAAAGUUGGUAUACAGUUUUUACAGGGUGUCCCUGAAGUCACGAUGCAACUUCCCUUUUUCGUUUCAGGUAUCACUGGGACAGACGUGAUGCUUUCAUCAUUUCACAACUUUGCCUUUGCAGUUUUUUGUAAGCAUUCCCAUGGCUCGCCAAUUGACAUUGGAACAAUGUUGCAAAAUGACUGCUUGACAAGAAGUUCACUGUUAUAUUACACAUUUUUACACAAUGCGCAAAUAGGUGAGUUUUUCAGCAAAUAGUUGUCAGUUAGUAAAAAUAAAUAAAUAAGUCACAAGAGGGUGAAUUUGCAAAUGUUUAUUCGUGAAUAGGCGGGGGUUCACUGUAUUUCGCAUUUUUGCACAGUUGUUGCUGAUUACAGUCCCUUUUCGUCAUUCUUAUUCUUUCCUCACUUUGAGAAAUUAUUUUGUAUUCUGAUGCUCAUUUUCCACAACAUUUAAAUAAAAGCCAAUACAAGAGUUGUAUGGUUAAAAAAAAAAAAAAAAAAAAUGUCUGCCUUUACAAAGAAUGUUCUGUUUUGACAGGGAUUGGUACAUAAUGGAUGCCUUUUGGGAGGUAUUCAUAUCACGUUGUGUCAGACUUUCAAGAUUUUCCCCAUCAGAAAUACGGUACAUCUGAAAAGUAUUCACAGCGCUUCAUUUUUUACACAAAAUUGAUUCAAUUCAUUUUGUCCCUCAAAAUUCUACACACAAUACCCCAUCAUGACAGCAUCAUACAUUUUUUUUAGGUUUUUGCUAAUAUAUUACAAAUAAAAAAUUAAAGCACACAUUCGGAUACUGUAAGUAGUAAUAGCUUUUGCUCAGCAAUUACAGCCGCAAGUCUUCUCAGCUAUAACAAAUUUGGCACACCUGCAAUGGAUUUAAAAAGUCUACACACCCCUGUUCAAAUGACAGAUUUUUGUGUUGUUUUUCGUAAUGGGGCCAAGAUAAAUCAUUUUAAGACCUUUUGCACCAUCAAUAUGGCCUAUAACCGGCACAACUCAAUUAAUACAAAUAAAAAAAAUUCUAGAGCGGAAAUAAAAAUAAACAACUGAGAAUGUGGUAUGUAUGCACAGUAGUAUGCACACCCUUUUAUACAACCCCCAAUUCCAAUGAAGUUGAGACGUUGUGGUAAAUAUAAAUAAAAACAGAAUACAAUGAUUUUCAAGUCAUGUUUAACCUGUAUUUAAUUGAAUACACUACAAAGACAAUAUAUUUAAUGUUCAAACUGAUCAACUUUAUUGUUUUUAGCAAAUAAUCAUUAACUUAGAAUUUUAUGGCUGCAACCGGCACCAUUAAUGCUGAAAGGUACAUACAGGUUUUGGAGAAACAUAUGCUGCCAUCCAAGCAACGUCUUUUUCAUGGACGCCCCUACUUAUUUCAGCAAGAUGAUGCCAAACCACAUUCAUUUUUGGAAUGUGUUGCAGCCAUAAAAUUCUAAGUUAAUGAUGAUUUGUUAAAAACAAUAAAGUUCAUUAGUUUGAACAUUAAAUAUCUAGUCUUUGUAGUGUAUUCAAUUAAAUAUAGGUCGAACGUGAUUUUCAAAUCAUUGUAUUCUGUUUUUAUUUAUGUUCAACACGACGUCCCAACUUCUUUGGAAUUGGGGUUGUAAAUGGAGGAAGUUAUUAACAGUUCCAAAGAGCAAUCACUGCUUGCAAAAAACCCACAAGAUCCUGCUUGAAAGCAAGAAGAAUAUCGGGAAAAUACUACUAAAACAGCCGAACUUUAUUUGGGAUUAAUCCGAGGCACUAUUGCGAACACAGCCACAUGCACAGUUAUAAGAACCACAUUAUCUCAGUUGUUUAUUUUUACUUUUUUUAUUUUAUUGUAUUUUUUCGUGUGUUGUACAUAUUAUAGGUUUUUAAAUGGUAUAUCUUGGUUUGAACAGGGGUGUGUAGACCUUUUACAUCCACAGUAUCUUUUGACAGUUUCGCCCCAGGUUCAAUGGAGAGCGUUGAUGCACAGCCAUUUUCAGAUCGUUCAGAUCCUUAUGCCGUUUUAGAAUACUGCUGUAAAAACAAAAUGGGGAAAAAUUGAAGCACUGUGAAUAAUUUUACCCAAGGGAGCCCCAAUUGGGAGCAGGUGUCCUAGACAGAUAGGUGAUGUUCAAUUACCGAGCUUUCUUUGUUGUUAUUGUUGUGAAUGCCAUCUGAUGUGGGCAGAGCAUUUUGUGAUUUUUUUAUGAUCCGGAGGCACUUUCAUUGUUGUUUGCAGACCACUUUUUUUUUUUUAUUGAAAAUCGAUGUUUUAGUGCAAUUUCAGAGGCAUAUUUGUCCCCCAAAAUGUUGUUAAAAUCGGGGUUGCUCGACAUUCUUUAGAUUAAUAAUUUUGUCUUUGUAAGCACACCAUUUUUGCUGCAGCUUUCAGAUUGCGCAGGCAUGUCCCUAAUGUUGUCUCCCGGUGAGUGUUUGUUGAAUUCGUGGCCUGCUCAUCUCAUGUGUUUAUGACUUCCGUAAGAGUAUUUAAAUGCUAAAAUACUCUCCAAACAGCCUCGUGUGAAAUAUUUUGGACAUUAACCGAGAAGCUUCUGCCUGUGCUCUUCUGGCUCUUUGCGGCGUAAUCCCUGAAAAUGGACUCCGAUUCCCUGUGACCCCCCGACACGGUUUGGGAUUAUGCAUAUAAUACACUGUCGCGCAAGUCGACACUGCUGCAGGCGCUGGCAACCCCGAGAGCACAGAAAUAACUCUUAUAAUGCAAAUGCUUACAUUUAACCUUUUCUUUUCUGCCCGGCUGGGCCACCGUGAAAUAGGAGAAAAAAAAUAUUGAAAAUGUCUUCUGAUAGAAACGUGAAUGAAAUGUUGAAACUACAAUGAAAAGUGACAAGAUAAUGCUUAAGUGCUUUGCAUCAUACGAGAACAAUGUAAAAGAGUUAAACCGGGAUGCAUGCCUACCUAUUUUUAAUA